AUGCUUUUCCGGUUGACUACAAAUUCCACCAGAAAGUUGUUCAAAUCCUUGCGACCUCAAAGGAUGCACCAGUUGCCCAAUAAUUCCUCCUCCGAGGCCAGUAGAACAACCUGGACACCUGAAAACUACCUCACAGCCUCAAAACUUAAGGAGCAACUCUAUGCUGUGAUAAUUCUCAAUCGGCCCAUCCAUUUGGACCAGGAUUUUGUGAUUGAAAUGUGGAAUUCGGCCCAGUUUCGGCACACCGUUGACGGUGGAACAGACAGAUGGUUGACAUUCCUGGAGGGCAAUCCUGAGGCUAAUAUCCUCCAUCCAGACAUGAUAACAGGAGAUUUUGACUCAGUCAAACCUGACACACUUUCCCACUUCGAGAGCCUCAAUUGCGAGGUGAUCCGGACACAAGACCAGAAUGAGACUGACUUUACCAAGGCCCUGAGACAGCUGGCUCCUCGACUGAGCCUCCGUGGAGUGGAAACUGUCAUUGUCCUGGCAGAUACAUCGGGGAGAUUGGAUCAAAUUAUGGCUAACAUAAAUACACUUUUCAAAGCCCAGAACUUUGCUCCUGACCUCAAAAUCUUCAUAAUGUCAAGCAAUUCUCUCAGUUGGCUCCUGCCACCCGGACAUCACACCAUCGACAUCCCUCCCAAUGUCCUGGAACAGAAAGUCUGGUGCUCUCUCAUCCCAAUUGGUCACAAAUGCGUUCUGAGCACGAGAGGACUCAAGUGGGACAUGACUAACAAGACUACCCAGUUUGGUGGCCUUGUCAGCACUUCCAACACUUACAGUGGCUCCCCAGCCGUGGACAUUACCACUGGGGAUCAUGUCCUCUGGUGCAUGGGCACCAGAAAGGAAAAGGACUAGCGAAUGUCUUGAGUUCCUCUCCUGCAACACUGUCUCUUUUAGCAUAGAUUCCGUCUAAGAAAUGACACACUGUAAUAGCUUUUUAGCCUGUUUUUGCUUGUUGAGAAUAAAUUUUAAGUAGGGAA